AUGCUGGGGAGUACAUGUUUUCUACUGCUCUUGCCGGGAUUGGUGGCAAGUUGGGCAACCUCGCAAUGCGAAAGUGAUCAGGUGGCACAUGUUCAGAAAAAUCUGAAGGCUGUCAAGGUUGGCGCAUUGGAGCAAGAGGUGUCUGGAAGAAUUUGCAGCAUUUCGGACCUCAAUUCAGGUGAUUGUGUCGGCACUUCUGCGAAUCCAAAGUGCACAGAUUGCAAUCCAACAGGUGGACAAGUGAUUCCGACCACUGGAACUGGAUUUCCACCAGGUUCCUUGUCCUGCGGAGAAGGAUCUUGCCGAUUUGAGGAUGACGCUCCUUCCAAUGCAUUCUACGAGUUCCGAAACUCCACUGACUAUUUGACUUGCGAAGGGGAAAAUGCUUGCAGAAGAUUCAACGUUUGA